GCUGUUUCAUGUCUUGGACUCAUGGUGUUAUUUUAUGCGCGAUGUUUCCCCAUAUUAUUACCAAGAGCAGUCAUCGCUGCAGCAUUAUCGCAGACAUUGCAUUCGAGUCCAUUGCACGGUCUGAUUGAAAUACACCAAUUGGUCGCAUUGUGCAGAUAAUCCGAUUCAGAUUCACAAAACUUCCAUCACAUUGCGAAGUAGCAGGAGGAAACAGCAGACUGUCAGCCGUUAGAUAUGACUUGGUUCCCCGGAAGGUCGUCGUCUUCUACCCAUUACCACCGUGUCCCCCGACGUCUAUCGCCUUCCCGUCGUUCCGUGUACUCGACACGCAGUAGCACACAUGCUCCUCGGUCAGUGACAGGAUCAGCGGUUUCAGACAUCGCGAGUUUGACCGGUCGUGGUAGUAAAUCGAGCGCAUCUGUCCUGUCGUCAUCCUCCUGGUCGCGGCGUGCACGUCCUCGCGAUGGCUUCUUUAAGCGCACGCUCCACCGCAUAAAACGUUGGUUUCGGCGGGUCUUCCGUUAUGCGCGCCAUCAUCCUUUCAAAGUUCUCCUCCUUAUAAUCGUGCCACUCCUUAUGGCGGGUGUGCUUCAGAAAUUGCUGUCCAUUGUCGGGGUUCAUUCUCUCGGCGACAAUCUAAGAGACGGCAUUGCUAAAUUAAUAGAAGCUGCACAAAAGCUCCUAGGUGGCUAGAGAAAACCUCAAGAUUCACCAGAUCUUCGUCUCUAGCUGAUUGAUUGAAGGGUCCAAUCCUUGUUCCCCUCGCGACCGUGUCAUUUUGAUAUCCAGCUCCAUCCAUGGUCCAAAUCAAAGGGAACGCAAAAGGAUGGGAGUAUGAAGGUUGGGGCGAAUAUCGUUUCAACACCUGAACCCAACACCUUAGCUAUGCUCCUGUUGUAUUUUUCUAUUAUUUAUGUUAUAUA